AUGUUCAACCUUGAAAAGCUGAUGGCUCCAGCAGCAGCUGAAGAUGGGAUCCCAGAGAUUCCUGAACUUAAAGAAACUGUUAACAAGAUGCGGGAAUACCGAGAUAAUAUGGAAGACAGGUUAGGAUCGUACUCAUACGCACUGCACCCAUGGCAAGAUCGUGACCAUGGCUGGGAAUCACAACUACGAGUCUUUCAUUUCGACGACGGAAACGUCAGAUCCGAAUCUCCUCGUCUGGACCGUCGUAACGACCCUCAGCAGCUUUGGUUGGAUAUUGAACAGGCACUCGAGAAAAAGCCCUCUGAAAACCCUCCGCGAAGUUUGAUACUCAUGGAAGGCAUGGACGCCAGGAUAGCUGAGGCUCUGAGUGUCAAACUUGGCAUCCCUCAUGAGUUUUGGACAGCCCACUAUCUCACAGAAACACAGCUCAGGCUCAUUAACCCGUCAGGCUUUGACUCCACGGACUCUACGUACUGGAAGAUCAAGGCUCCGUCGCAACUUUCAGUUAUAUGGAAUGAGAUGCCCGAUGAAUUUGGAAACUGGUGCUUUAGCCCUUACAGUGGAAGCUGUCCUCGAGGCAGUGAGUUUGUGCUGAACUCGGAGACUACGCUCGUUGACACGACGCUUUGUAUUUCAUUUUGGGGGAAAUACACCCCAGAUGGGUGGAUAGCGCUCGUUUUAAUGGACGUGCCCAACGGUUGCCUGCUUCCGGAAGAUGAACCAAAUCCUGUAAUACCAAGUCCAUACGGUCUAGAAAAGGUUGACGAGAGUCAAAUCGCGAUAUCAGAAUCGAACUGUUACGUGAUAUCGGAGUCAAAGAGUUCAAUUAACCGACAUAUUUACCCACAUCAACUCUCACUAUGGGACGUGGCCGUCCAGGCAUACGAAAAUGAGAAGAUUAUCACCACUGAUGAUCCUUUCUCAGCGACUAUCAUCAUUCGCAACUUCGUCUUCUGGAAAUGGGAAGACCAAAUCACCGCUAAUUGGGAUCUCAACCAGACGUUAUGGACAUCUUCACUGGUAGAAACACAAAAGGCACUGGACAUCAAGAGCCCCAAUCUUUUGAUUGAGCGAAGUCGAACAAUUGCUGCCGAUUACCAGAAACUCCGACACUCGCGUCAACUUUUGCAACAAGCGGCAGUACUAGUCCGGCGGAUUCAUGAGGCAUUUCGUUGUGAUGAUACUCAUUACUUAGCCUCGCAGACCAUUGAGAGGCUGAGGAUCCAAAUAUCACAAGAGUCACGACGCUGGAGCCAUCUUCAAGAUCACAUGAAGGUUCUGGACGAGCUUAUCUCUGGCAACAUGACCAUGUACGCCCAACGAGCAGCAAUGGACGAAGCAUUCGCAACCAGGAUUCAAGCAUACGAUUCCUACACGCAGACAAAAGCUGCCAACGAGCAAGCAGCCGCUGCUAACCGUACAGCUCGAAGCUCUGGCCAGCUCGCAAAAAUCGCGACAGUUGCUGUGCCUUGCACCGUUGCGGCGUCUAUCUUGUCUAUGAACGGUGACUUUGCAGCUGGUGAACCUCUUUUUUAUGUUUAUUGGUGUGUUGCUAUGCCACUUACCAUUGUCUUGUUAGGUUGGGUUGUGCAGAAGGAUGUUCGGGCUUGGAGAGAUAAGCUGGUCAAGAAGGCGAAAAGUGAGAAGGGCGAGAAGGAUGUUGAGAGUAGCAGAAACAGUGGUUACUACUCUGACUGAAAGCAUGUUUAGUUGCAGGAUUGGAACAUUGUACUAUAGUGCACGAUUUGAUUUAGCGCUCACAUUCGAUCUGAUAGCGAUAGCAAAGAGUUAUUGAGCAUAGGCCAGG